ACAAAAUCACACACAGUACAAGAUGUUAUUUCGCACUUUUCGGAUAUAACGUGACAGGAACUCGUGACACGGUGACGGACCACCGGACGGAGGCUUCCACUUACGAAGCGUCGGUCUACUGCGAGUGAUAUAAGUUUCGACCACUCCUUUUUUUUUCAUUUCUUUUCUAACGCGUAAUCUCGAUCACACGUUCAUCCUUGGAUAGACAGCGGGAUAUGAGCUACACCGAACCGUUGUGGGAGAUAAAUGGAAAUCAAGCACCAGUAAUCACGCAGGAAAUGUCACAGUACGUCGGUAGCGAACUUGGAAGCUAUCCGAUGUGGGACAGUUCCGUUUUAUAUCAGCCACCACCGGCUACACAUUCUCACGUCAACGAACACGGUUUGUACAGACAGCCCUGUGCUUUAUUACAUCAAAGUCGUUAUACACAAAAUGGCCGAUCACCAAAUCUUCCCUCGUCAACUACGAAAAAGCCAAGACGCAGAGUGGCCACAGUUUCUCAAAGAAGAGCCGCUAAUAUCCGUGAAAGACGUAGAAUGUUCAACUUGAACGAAGCUUUCGACAAAUUACGAAGAAAGGUGCCAACGUUCGCCUACGAAAAACGUUUAUCAAGAAUCGAGACACUUCGUCUGGCUAUUACUUAUAUAGCAUUCAUGGGAGAAUUAUUAGGAAUCGAGCCCAGCAGCCCAAAACCAGAAUACAUACCACGUGAAUAUUAUUUGCCUAAUUAAAUCGUCUAAUCGAAGACGAACAACGACAGAACGCGUCUUCCAUUGAUCUUUUUAAUUUAUUCUUACGAAGAUUUGAAAAAAAAGAAAAAAAAAAAACAAAUUUUUAUUUAUUUUCUACGUAUAAUUGACUUAAUACAUUUUUGCUGAUUAAUAACUCGACUGAUAUAUGUUUCGAAAGAAAUAUUAACUGUUCAAAUAUCCACUUAGCUGAAAAAUUCAUAUCGAUAUUAAUCGAACAAAAUCUAUCUACUAUUCUACUUCUACAAAUAUGACGUAUAAUAAUGAUAUCUACUAAUGAUAAUAAUAAUAAUAAUAAUAUAUUAAUAUUGUACAGGAAUUUAAAAAAAGAAGGACAAAGUAAUUUUCUCAAUUCUCUGCAGUGCACGAUUAUUAUGCGACACUGAUCAAGAAGCGGGUACAAAUGUAGUGUUAAUGAAGUUAAAUGAUACGUCAGAACUAUCGUUAAGACGACAAGAAAGAGAUAGAGAGAGAGAGAGAGAGGAAGAGAGAGGAG